AUGGCGUCGAGUGUGCGUCAGAUUUGCGAACGCAGUUUCGAGGUCCGGGACCAUAUUGAUGGGAGGGCAGUGACGACCACCAGCCUUCAGAAUUUGCCUGAGCUUCUAGACCCAGCCGUCGCGGAUUUCUUCGCAGGUCCGUGGUUCUCAUCUCUAUUGGCGUUGCAGGAGACUAUCAUGAGAGGAAGGAUGCCAUCCCACUCUCACAACAGCCAGAAUCUCUCAUAUCUCUAUCAACUACCACAUGGUCAGCGAGCAAAGACGAAGAAUGACAUCUAUCGUAUACAAGAGCAGAUCAUGGAGGCCGGGUUCUACUAUCUCUAUUCCACAAAACCCCAUUUUCCAGCCAGACGUUUCUUCACACGGUGGAUCAGAUGCCACCAAUACCUGGUGUAUCAUCUCCCAGCAGUCCAUUGUGCCGCCUGCUCUAAUGAUCUUGAAAAACCCAAGACAGUGCUAAAUACAUCAUCCAAAAAGGUUCAAAAGAAAGAUGAGAAGAAGGACAAUAAUCAGGAUAAUACCAUUGUCCUGGGUGUGAAAUGCUGCUCCAUCCGAGCCUGGGUCACCACCCUUGAGGAAUUCAGGAGGGUCGAUGGUUUCUAG